GUCGGGGCGUCCGCGCCGGCGUCGCCCGCGCGCCCACCGCCCUACGGAGGCCCGCGUCGACCCGCCCCGCCCGCGCAGCCGCCCGUGCGCAUCGACACGUGCAUCGUGGGCGACGCCAGCACGUGCGACGAGGCGCAGCACGAGCGCUGCCGCACCGAGCACGGCGUGAGCGCGUGCCAUUGCCGCCCGGGCUACAGCCGUCGCAAGCACCGCGAGCCCUGCCGACGUAUCGUGUCCAUGCUGAUGUCGCUGCGUGUGGAUCGCCUGUACGAGCGACGUGUGGUGUGGUCCAGUGACCUGCAGGACCCUUCGUCCGAGAUGUACCAGCAGCUGCAGUGGGAGGCUAGCCGAGCGGUGGACUCGGCCAUGUCCAUGACGCCCUUCUCCGACGACUUCCUGGGGGCGCGCGUCAACGGCGUGUACGCGGCGCCGGGCACCGCGGCGCCGGUCUUCGUCAACCUCACGCUGCAGCUGGAGGAGACGGCCGAGACGCUGCGGCCGGCCGUGCGCCACGACGUGCAGCGCCACCUGCUCGGCGUCAUCCACCGCCGCGCCAACAACUGCGCGCGGCCCGAGCUGCACGACUGCCACCCGCGCGCCGUCUGCUCCAACGUGUUCGGCGGCUUCCGCUGCGCGUGCGCCGAGGGCCUGCGCGACCCCUGGGCCGACCAGCCCGCGCGCGCCGGCCGCGCCUGCGAGCCCUGCCCGCCCGAGCACUGCGGCGGCCCCGCGCGCGGCGCCUGCCACUACGACGCCCAGGGCCAGCCCGUCUGCACGUGCACGGGCAACUUCUACGGCGCGCAGUGUGAGGUGGACGGCGAGGUGCUGGGCGUGGCGGUGGGCGCGUCCGUCGCCGCCGUCGUCAUCAUCGCGCUCACCCUCGUCUGCCUCUGCAUGUGGAGCCGGCGGUGGCAGCGCGAGCAGAAGGCGGCCGUGGGGUCGCCGGUGUUCGGGUACCUGGGCGCCGCUGGCGGCACCGUCAAGACUCCCGCCGUGGGCGGCCCGCCCUACCAGGUGUCGCUGGAGGACCGUCUGCGCUGGGCGCAGAUCGCAGACGUAAUGGCGCAGGCCAACCACUACUCGACGCCGCUGGCGUGCCAGCAGCCCGAGCCGGGAGGCACGGUGCCGACGCGGCCGUCGUCCGCCGUGUUCGGCUACCCAGCGCUGCCCGCCGCCCUCACAGCCACGCUGCCGCCGGCGCCGCUGCCGCGCCUGGGGCUGCACGGCCUCCUGCCGCCGCCGCCCGCGCCGCAGGGCGCCCCACCCCCGCCGCCGGCGCCCAGCACGCGCGCAGGCAGCGGCGCGCGCACCAUCGACAACUGCAGCAGCGGCGACGACGAGGACCGCGCGGACCUGCUGGGCGGCCGCAGCUUCCACGUGCCGCGCCCCAAGAGCCGCUCCUCCGUUGCCAACCAGAGUGGCAUCUAUUAUGAUGUUGACUACGACCAGAGUGAUAUUUAUGGCACAAAGCAUCCAUCCAUACCAAUGAAUACAUAUGCCAGCAGAGGAUCCUAUCAUAGACAAUAGAAGAAAGGAGUGCCAACAUUUCUUUUUAGAUGUUCCUAUCUUCCCUUGAGUUGACUUAUUGUAAACAAAAGUGUGUAAUUUCAGCAUUCUGAAGAUGAUGAAUUGCAAUAGUUAAUGGAAUAAUUGAGAGAUUUAUGAGCUACAUCAAGACCACUUGAACUAUUUGAUAAUGAAACAAAAGUGUAUAUUGAAGCUAUCGAAAUUCUAUAUGAGACUGUUUUGAAGGACUAUUACUAAAAUGCAACUAUGAAUUUUGUGCGCAGUGCUCCAAUUUUAUUUUGCUUGAAGACUUUAUAGGUCUACACAGACUAACAGUGCAUAUCAUCUUCGUCAUUGUUGCUGCCACAGACAAGAUAAAUGUGAAAAAUAGUGGCAUGUGUAUAGAUUACUGAGCAAUCAAAAUAAUUUUUCCCAAGUGCAUUGUGAUGGCAUCUAAGGAGUUUGCUACCUUCAAGAAUAUUCAUAUUUGUGACAUUAAAAUAAUUGAAGGUAAUGAGAUGGUAAUCAUGAUUGGAGUAAAAUAUUAUAUUUGCACAAAUUUGACAAUUAGUAUAAUAAUCAUAAUGGUACACUGAGAAAAUUACCUCAUUCUUGUUCAAUUUUGUGGAUCA